GCGUCCUGCCUCUGCGGCUCAGCCCCGUGCCUGCUCUGCGCCUGCUGCCCCUCGACCAAGAACUCCACCAUCUCCCGCCUGCUCUUCACCUUCUUCCUCUUCCUCGGCACCCUUGUGUCCAUCAUCAUGAUCAUACCUGGCGUGGAAAAGGAACUGUACAAGCUCCCCGGCUUCUGCGAGGGCAGUGACUCACUGCUGGGAGUCCAAGGCCGCAUUCCCUGCAGCAGCUUCCUGGGCCACAAGGCCGUGUACCGCAUGGGCUUCGCCCUGGCUGCCUUCUUCUUCCUCUUCGCGGUGCUCAUGCUGUGUGUGAGGAGCAGCAAGGACCCGCGCGCGGCGGUGCAGAAUGGCUUCUGGUUCUUCAAGUUCCUGGCCCUGAUCGGGAUCACGGUGGGGGCCUUCUACAUCCCCGAUGGCACCUUCACGUCAGUGUGGUUCUUCUUUGGUGUGGUUGGCGCCUUCCUCUUCAUCCUCAUCCAGCUCGUCCUCCUCAUCGACUUUGCCCAUUCCUGGAGCCAGGUGUGGCUCCGCAAUGCGGAGGAGAGCAACGCCAAAGGCUGGUAUGCAGCUCUUUCCGUUGUCACCUUCAUCUUCUACGCUACCUCCAUCACGGCUGCUGCCUUGCUCUACGUCUACUACACCAAGCCUGAUAGCUGCACGGCUAGCAAGGCUCUCAUCAGCCUCAACCUCAUCUUCUGUGUCAUCGUCUCUGUUGUGUCCAUCCUGCCUAAGAUCCAGGCGGCUCAGCCCCACUCGGGCCUGCUGCAGGCCUCCCUCAUCACCCUCUACACCAUGUUCAUCACCUGGUCGGCCCUGGCCAACGUCCCAGACCGGUUGUGUAACCCCACACUGCUGUUGAGGAACAGCACCAGUGUUCUGUCAGACACGGGGCAGCUCACGACAUGGUGGGAUGCCCCCAGCAUCGUAGGGCUGGUGAUCUUCAUCCUCUGCACGUUGUUCAUCAGCAUCCGCUCCUCGGACCAUGCCCAGGUCAACAAGCUGAUGCUGACAGAGGAGAGCGCGGCCGGCGCGGCCCAUGGGGACGCUGCCUUGGAGAGCGGCCCGCACCGUGCCUACGACAACGAGCAGGAUGGCGUGUCCUACAACUACACCUUCUUCCACAUCUGCCUUCUCCUGGCCUCCCUCUACAUCAUGAUGACCCUUACCAACUGGUACAGGCUGGAUGAGAGAUUUGAGGUCAUUACAAGCCCUUGGACGGCAGUGUGGGUGAAGAUCUCCUCCAGCUGGGCCGGGCUCCUGCUCUACCUCUGGACGCUGGUGGCUCCCCUUGUCCUGCGUGAACGAGACUUCAGUUGAGGAAGCCCCGGU